AUGAAGGACCCCCAACUGCCAGGUUACGUGUUCUCGAAGGGAUGUCCAAAGCGAUAUGAAGAUAAAAAAAACAAAAACCAAACACUGAUCAAGCCGACAAGAUCUCCACUGCUGGUAUCCAAAGCAGCAGCUAUAACAGCAGAGCAACAAUUGAAGCAAACAGCAUUUGAGAGGGUUGUGUACGACAUGUCCCAUAAUGAAGCGAUCAUCAGCGACAUUAUUCUUGGCAAAAGGAUAGCCUUCUACGAUCUCAGAGGGGAAAUUGGCACUGGCAAUUUCUCACAUGUCAGACUUGGUGUUCACGCCUUAACUAAAGAGCGCGUUGCGAUCAAGAUUCUUAAUAAAAGGCGCUUGGACAAGAAGACACCAAUGUUCUUUGCUUCUGAAAUCUCUUGCUUGCAAAGACUGUCCCAUCCAAACAUUGUGCGUCUUUAUGAGGUGAUAGAAACACGUAAACAGCUUUACUUGGUUAUGGAGUAUGGAAGUGGAGGAGACCUCUUUUCACGUAUCAGCGCAAGGGGACGGCUGUCGGAUCUGGAGAGCAAGCUCAUGUUUGCACAGAUCAUUUCUGCUGUCAAAUACAUGCAUGAGAGCAAUAUCGUUCAUCGUGACCUAAAGGCUGAAAACAUUUUCUACACUACCAGCUACUGCAUCAAGAUAGGUGAUUUUGGUUUCAGCACUGUAAGUGGCCCAAGUGACAUCCUGACCACAUUUUGUGGCUCUCCUCCUUACGCGGCACCAGAGCUGUUUAGAGAGAAAGGCUACGUGGGCCGUUACGUAGACAUCUGGGCACUAGGUGUUUUGCUGUACUUCAUGGUGACCGCUACCAUGCCAUUCAACGCUGACAACCUGGGUCGUCUAAAGCGCUGCAUCUUGCAAGGCAUCUACACCAUCCCGCAGUACGUCCCUGAGCCCUGCCAGCAGACCAUUAAGGGUAUGCUAAGGCCUGUUCCUCCAGACCGCAGCAGCAUUUCCCAGAUAAUAAGCUGUUCCUGGAUGAGUGGCAUUGACUACCCGAAGCCUUUUCCUUGCCUCAGCCUUACACCUGGUCACCUGGUUAAGUCCUCCCAGGGCCUGUGUGCUGAGGAUGAGGCAGUCAAGUUAGCGUUGGAAGACUUGGGAAUCAGCAGCAUGCAUCUGGAGAAUAACCCUUGCAUAGACUUGUGUAAUCCCAUCACGGGGACAUAUCGUAUUUUGCAUCAUGGCAUCCAGAAAAGGAAAUUGGUAGAGACUGUGGGAUAUUCAGCACUGAAUCCCGAAGAUUUAUGUGACAGGAAGCAAUGGAACAGAAAGUCUGAGGCGUCCACUGUUUGUACAGUGCUGUAAAGAGCAGAUUGACGAUACUUGUAUAGCACACAGGACAAUAUCAGAAUUGUCUUUAUCUCCUAACACGGUUUAAGGGUACUACUUUAGUGCGUAUUGCAUUGCAUAUAAAUAAUCCAAUUGUAGUAUAGGGUAAUGCAUUGAGGGGUACUGUUAAAG